AUGAUUCCACAUGAUAACACGAAGAAAUGUCCAUGUCAAUUUACACAGGUGAUACAAAGACGAACACAGGGCGACGUUGAUUUUUAUCGCAACUGGACAGACUACAAGAACGGUUUUGGGGAUCUUCAUGGAGAUUUCUGGACAGGCAAUGACAUUAUUCACCUCCUAACAAACACCCCGAGGGUCCUACGCGUGGAACUACAGACCUGGGACGGGACGAGUGUAUACGCCCAGUACUCGCUGUUCCAGGUGGCCAACGAAGAAAAGAAUUACACACUUACCGUGCAGGGGUUCUCUGGAAACGUUUCCUAUGACGCCAUGACUUAUCAUAACGGCCAGUCCUUCACCACGUACGAUAGUGAUAACGAUUUGUACCAUAAUAACUGCGCCAGUCAUCGCCACGGAGCUUGGUGGUACAAGAGUUGUUGUGAAUCCAACCUAAAUAGCCGUUAUCAGAUGGACAACGGAGAUAACGGCGAAUCAGUGUUUUGGCGCGACUUACCGCCUGGCCGCGCUCGUGCUCCAUUGAAGAUGUCCAAGAUGAUGGUUCGGUAGAACCCUAUCGCAAUCUCCGGUCAACAAUUACGAUAGUACUAGCGUGAUAGUGAGUGUUUGGUGAGAGCAGAAGAUGCCUUACUUUACAAAAUAUUUAACGAUUGAGUAUCAACAAAUUCUAGUUCAAUGGUGGAUCUGUCGUUCAAGUGUCAUGUUUGAUUUUUCAUUGAAUGUAGUUGCUCAUUAGACGUGUUUUGCGUUUUGCAACCUUUAUUGACUUAUACUAAAUAAAAAACUUAUCAGAAGGCCUCUCGCUCCCUUUGCUCUACACAUGGUACAUGGUGUGGAUUGGAGAGUUUCUAUACACGGCCAUUACAUGACCAGUCAUGUGUAAAAAGGUAGCAUGACGUCAGUACCAGACCAGCUACAUGUAUUUGUAUUCCUGGACGUCACUCUCAUUCUCUUCCCUAAACAGCCAUCAAAUACCAACACAAAGUAGUUUUCUGAAGAGGGAGUCAUUCCAUAUCAAAUCAACAAGAAUCUAGACACUAUCCAUUAACAAUCGGUAAGGAAAGCGUAUGGUCUUAUUCGGAACGAUGGUUAAACUUAAGAAGGUCGGAAGCCAAUCCAACAUUUCAUUCUUCAGCAUAAACCUUUUCAGUAUAAGAGUUUUGUCUUUCUGGUCGUUCAUAUCUUAAAUCAAUGUGACGUUCAGACACAACAAAGACCACUGAAUCAGUUUCAGGACAAUCUCUGGGAUUAUAUUUAAAACAGAAGAAAUCUGUCAUUGCCUAUUUCAUCUCUGUAUGACAUUCAGAUCCAGACAAACAGAACUUUUCUGGAUCCUACUUGAUAGGUUUCUACCGUCGCUUUCUGUGAAUACGUUUUGUAUUUCUGUGAAUCCAGAUACCUGAUACCCAACCAUGACCUUUGUAGUGUGUGUCUUGGUACAAUGUAUUCUUGAUGUUCCUAACAUCGGAAGUUACUUAUAUCACAAAUAACAUAUAUGGCUAAUCCCUGAAGGAAUGAUCACCUCAUUGAGAGGAUUUUUGUUGUUGUUGUUGUUGUUGUUGUUGUUAAUUUUGACUCUUGUUUUCAUGAAUAUUUCUUACUGAUCCAUAUUUUGACCGUUAAAAUUGGUGAUUUGAUUUUAAAAAUUUCUAAAUGUAAAUGGUAAAAUAAAAGCCCUGAAGAACAUUUAAAAAUGUGCUGAAUCCAAUCACGAAAAAGUAAAAAACAAUUUUUGAAUUCACAGCAGACCUAGAAAUGUACAAACGUAUUACGUUGGACGAGAUGCCAAUAUUACCCCUGAAGCACAUCACAAACAAAGUGAAAUGCUUUCAUUUGUAAUUAAAUAUACCUCAAAAUAUUGUGCUCUUAGCAGUUACAACCACAUACAAAAUCAGUCAUACAAGAUCCCACAAAGCAGUUAAAAUUUCACUAUUAACCAUGUAGGUUGAUCAAAGAUGAGUUCUUAAGCAAAUAUUUGUUUGUUUUUCUUCUUUCCCUUUAUUUCAGUAUGGUCAUAACACACGGUUACUGUUUUCAAAAUAGCCACACUAUUACACCUUUAUGGCUGUCCUCAUCUUAUUGUGAUGAAUUUGCGAGAAUAAUCAUAAUCAAGUCAGUUUGAAGAUAUUUGAAUUAUUUUAAUUUUACUUUGAAGUUAUCUGAAAGGAGUCAGAUGAUACUACUGAAUUUGUAACGGUGACCUAUAUCUAUUUAGUUUCAGAGACAUAUACAAUGUAGACUUUAUACACAUUUACAAUGUUAGUUUUUCCACCAAUUA